UUUUCCAUAAUGUCAUUAUCUGAAAUAAUUGUUCCGGUUUUUGGGAGGUUAGAUUUAAUUUAAAAAUUAAUAAUAAAUAAAUAAUUACGGAAAAUAAAUAUUUGAAUAAAAAAGAUACAGCACAUUAAUGUUAAAAACGGUCCGCAAAUAAUAAUUCAAGCGUGAAGAAAUAAGAAGAAUAAAAACAUGUAUUCAAGAGUUCAAAACUGCAAAUGGACCCUACAAAAGCAUCUUCUAACUAGUCACAGAACCUAUGCUGGCAGCAUACUUAAAAAGAAAGAAAAUGUCUCAAAAUGUUUACAACCUGGUAAAGUGUACCAUGGAUUUGUGUGUUCUGCAGUUGAACCAAUCAAAGAAUAUAACAUGACUGCAUACUUGCUUACACAUGAAAAAACCAAGACUGAAUACUUACAUUUGGACCGAGAUGAUUCAAACAAUGUAUUUUCUGUUGGAUUUAGAACUACUCCACUAGACUCUAUGGGAACUCCACAUAUAUUGGAGCACACAGUUUUAUGUGGAUCAGAGAAGUACCCAGUUAGAGAUCCAUUCUUUAAAAUGUUAAAUAGAUCUUUAGCAACAUUUAUGAAUGCUUUAACUGGCCCAGACUAUACAUUUUACCCAUUCUCUUCACAAAAUGAAGUUGAUUACAGAAAUCUUCAAAAGGUCUACUUAGAUGCAGUAUUUAAACCAAACUUAUCUAGAUUAGAUUUCUUACAGGAAGGCUGGCGGUUAGAGCAUUCAAAAUUAGAGGAGAAAACUUCUGAUUUGGUCUUCAAAGGUGUGGUUUAUAAUGAAAUGAAAGGUGCAUUUUCAGAAACAAGUUCAUUAUUUGGCCAGAAAUUUAUUAACAAAAUACUACCCAAAGGUACAUAUGGAUAUGUUUCUGGUGGUGAUCCUUUGUGUAUCCCAGAACUCACACAUGACCAUUUAAAAAACUUCCAUGCUACCUAUUACCACCCAAGUAAUGCAAGAAUUUAUUCAUAUGGCAACUUUCCUCUCGAACACAACCUGAAAUUCUUAAAUGACACAUAUUUAAGUAAUUAUGAGUUCUUAGACCCCAAAAAUACAAUUGUUGCUCCUCAAGAAAGGUGGAAGUCAAUAAAAAAAGAUAACAUAUCUUGUAGAGUAGAUCAAUAUGGAGGUUCAGUUGAGAAACAGAAUCAAAUUGCAAUCGGCUAUGUCCUAUCUGACAUAACAAACAUAUAUGAAACAUUCAUGUUAACUGCUUUAGCUGAACUAAUGAUACUUGGUCCUAAUUCAGCAUUUUACAAAAGUCUUAUUGAGAAGAAUAUAUCAGGUGGUUAUAAUUCUUUGACAGGGUAUGAUAAUCAAAUAAGAGACACUCUAUUUGUUGUUGGCUUAAGAGAUGUUGAAAAGAGCAACUUUGAUAUGAUUGAAAAAUUAGUUAAUCAAACAAUCGAUGAUAUUUUUUCAAAAGGAUUUGAGAAAAAUCACAUUGAAAGUGUCUUGCAUGGAUUUGAGCUAUCUAUCAAGCACCAGAGUCCUAAAUUUGGUUUAAAUUUGCUUUUUAGUUUGAUGCCACUAUGGAACCAUAAUGGACCCAUAUUGGACUCACUAAAGGUUAAUCAGUUACUAGACAAGCUAAAGACUAAUUUGAUGAAUCCACAAUAUGUUAGAGAUGUUAUAGAAAAAUAUUUUAUUUUGAACAAUCAUAAAUUAGUGAUGACUAUGGUUCCAGAUCCAAAGUUUGAUGAUAUAUUUAAUGAUGCAGAAGCUAAAUUACUCAAAUCAAAAGUUAAAGAGUUAAGUCAAAAACAAAAAGAAGACAUAUUUGCAGAAGGUAUACAGCUUUCCAAAGUCCAAAAGGAAGUACAGAACUUAGAUGUACUGCCCUGUUUAAAGAUAGAAGAAAUCACUUUAAAUAAAACUGCACCUCAUUUAAAACAUUCUAUAUCAGGCACUAUACCUUUACAAAUGUGUGAAGCAAAUACCAACGGAGUGACUUAUUUUAAAGGAGUUUUGGGGGCAGAUAGUUUAACUGAUCAAGACAGACAGUUGCUACCAUUCUUUAUCUACAUAUUGGAUAAGUUUGAUACAAAAAGCUAUAACUAUAGAGACUUCGACAAAUAUAUCAGUAAAUCUUCAUCAGGAAUAUCUGUUAUACCACAUGUAACAGAACAUAUAGAUCUGAGAGAUCAAUUUGAACAAGCGAUAUUAGUUAGCAGUCAUUGCUUGGACAGUAAUUUGCCAAAAAUGCUUAAUAUUUGGAAAGAAAUAUUUGCAAUACCAAACUUUUCGAAUAGCGAGAGAAUGACAAUGCUACUGAAAAAUUAUUGUUCUUCUUUAACUAGUGGUAUAAUAGACAGCGGACAUACAUACGCGAUGCAAGCGGCACGGUCUCUCGUCUCAUCAGUGGAUGAAUGUAAAGAGAAUCUAACUGGCAUCAAACAUAUAAUGAAUAUGCAAGAAAUCCAAAAUAAAUACAAAAUAGAGGACAUACAAACAAGUGUUGAUGUUAUAGGAAAAAAUAUUUUAAAGGGCAAUAACUUGAGAGCUGCAUUCCAUUACUCUAGCACAAAUCAAAACAUUCAUGAGCUUGUUAACAAUUUUUGUACAGAUUUAUGCGACCACGACACGCAGGACGUGAAUAGGAUAAAUUGGAUAGACUGCAAAAUUCCUAAAAAAGAUAAUCGAGGUUUACAUAUAUCUAUGAACAUUCCCGUGAAUUUCUGCUCGAAAGUAAUACCCACUGUGCCUUACACGGAUCCCGAUUAUCCUAAAUUGCGUGUUCUAUCCCGAUUUAUUACGUCAAAAUAUCUUCACCCUAUUGUAAGAGAACAGAAUGGAGCGUAUGGCGGUGGAGCUGUGUUAACAAUUGACGGUAUGUUCAAUUAUUAUUCCUACAGAGAUCCAAACACACACGUAACUAUGGACGUUUUUGACGAAACGACAGAUUGGAUGACGAAAAAUAGAGACUUGGUUGAUGAGCAGAAUCUAUUUGAAGCUAAAUUAUCUAUUCUCCAACAAAUGGAUCAGCCAAUUGCAGAACACAUGAAGGGAGUUGAUAUGUUCCUCUAUGGACUCUCCUACGAUAUUUGGCAAACUCAACGGGAGCGUGUGUUAGCGGUUAAAAAAGAGGAUCUGAUCGAAGUUUGCGAUAAAUAUUUGAAACGGGAAAGCUGGUCAGGGAAGUGUGUGAUUGGGUCAGAUGCGGCCCAGAAAAUCAGAAAAGAUACUGAAGCUUGGGAAACGAUAAGUGGACCACAGGAAUGAAUAAACAAAUGUUGAGGAGUUCUAUACAGAUGUAUAAACUUUAAAGCCUUAUGAGUUAUCUCAUUUUUUUAAUUUUUACGAGGUCAUAACUUGUGUAAACUAGUAUUCACUAUCACAAAAUAUGACGACGUAAACUAAACUAGGCGAACAAGCCAAAUGUCAAAGCUAUGUCUUAGUAGCUCGGUACUCAUUUAUGGUAGGAAUUAGCAAUUUUAGUAGGGAGGGUAGUCUUGCCUUACAAAAAACUGUAUUAUUUUUAAUAAGCUCGUGUUUCCACGCAGUUUCAUCUUAUAUAAGCGUUAGACCUUGCAUUUCUCUAAAAGUAUUUUGUUACAUUUAAUUAGUAGUUACUUUAUGUAGCUAGGAAGUAGAUUUUCCAUCACCAUUCACUGUGUAGCUCUCUAUUGCUGGCCUCAACACAGUAUUGCCUUUGUGGCUUUAUCAUUAACUUGUUUAUUAGAUAUUGGUAAAUUGUUGUUAUUUGUUGAGCGUGUAUGAGAGUAACUGCACUCUUGAAUUGUCUGGAAAAACAAACUUAUAGGCCGCACAGACUACUUUAGUAUUUUAGUUGAGUACGAGCAAUUUUUGGAUUUACCGCCCAAAAAUCGUUUGUACUCCACUAAAAUACUAAAGUAGUCCGAACUAGGCCUCAAUCCGAGUGAUUGCUUGGUCACGCCAGUGGAGCGAAGUACCUACUUAAAAUGUAUGUUGACAAAUGUGUGGUCGGCAAAUGUACGUAAAAACUAAUUGUCCACAGUUCGUUUAUAAUAAAAUUUUGUUUAGGUAUAUUCAAGAAUGUAAUGAAUAUUUGAGACUGUUAAUAAAUAUUAUUUAAUAA